GAACUAGUGAGCAUCUAAAAGUUUUGAAAAUUUGAAAACAUAAAAACUUUAUAAAUAAUUGUAUAAAACUUAUAUCAUUAUUUUUGAAAAGUCUCUUCAAACAUUUAAGAAAUUUUAUGAUAAAAAAAUCGACAUUUGCGUAAAAGUAAGCAAAUAUUAUUGUUUGAUAAAGAAAUUAAAUAAAACUAAAUUGAAACUUUCAAAACAUAUUUGAAUUGAAUCGCAAAUCUUGAAAAUCAGAGAAUACACCAACAGAAAUUAACCAUGAUUGACUGUGACAACAACAGCUCUACAUUUUUUGGAACUGAUUGUAAUUCGACUUUUCUGUAUGCUGGAUUGGGCAACUCGACGUACAAUGAGACUCAAAUUGACACUGGUCCAGAAUAUUUGGACCCUUCUUACUAUUCCAUAAACUAUAGAAUAGUGGGAACUGUUUUCCAAGGAAUAGUCUUCAUUGUUGGUGUAUUGGGAAACAUAAUGGUUGUGAUUGUGGUUUGGCAAACCAGAAGUAUGCACACACCAACCAAUUGCUAUCUGGUCAGCUUGUCGAUUGCUGAUUUUAUGGUUCUUAUAGCAUCGGUCCCAAAUGAAAUUUUGGCCUACUACUUAUUGGGUGAUGAAUGGGUCUGGGGCCGUUGGGGAUGUGCAAUAUUCAUCUUCCUCCAGUACCUUGGCAUCAACGCUUCCUCUCUGUCGAUAACGGCGUUCACUGUGGAGCGGUACAUCGCCAUAUGUCAUCCGAUGAAGGCCCAGUUCAUUUGCACAGUUCAAAGAGCAAAGAAGAUCAUCUACGGAGUCUGGAUAUUCGCCUGUAUCUACUGCAGUCCUUGGCUUUUUCUCACCAAAACGCAACCGAUCUACUACAAAGGAUACGAGAAUAUGGAAACAUGCACCUUCGCAUUGUCUAGGAAUCUGUAUGUUGGCUACUUCCUUGCUGAUUUGGUCCUGUUCUACAUCUUACCAUUGAUUCUGUCAUGCGUCUUGUACAGUUUGAUUGCGAGGAUCCUUUUCUCCAAUGAAAUUCCGAAGACACCGGGCAAGAAGAAUGGAACCGCGGCCAAUUUGAAUUCUGGAGAUUCUAAGAAGACAAGCAGCAGCAUGAACGCAAGGGUACAGGUUGUUAAGAUGCUAGUCGUUGUGGUUGCUCUUUUCGCCACAUUGUGGUUCCCAUACCGCUUCCUUGUGGUCUACAACUCAUUCGCUACUCACCGCUACAUGGAGUUAUGGUUCCUCAUGUUCUGCAAGACCAUGAUAUUUAUCAACAGCGCCAUCAAUCCUAUUCUGUAUAAUGCGAUGUCUAUCAAAUUCAGGAAGGCUUUCAAGCGAUUGCUCUCAUGUGGACAAAAGGCAAGACCAAACAUACCAACAAGGUAUACCACAGUGACUACAGCUGUCAUGGUGGACGACGCCGUCUGAACGAUGAUCUCAAAUAUCUUGCACAUGCCCGUAUCCCUUGCUUCAAGUGUUGUGAACCCCACAUAUUUUCUUGUACACAAGUAUCGCAAGACCUAUUGAAAAGAUAGAUAAUUGGUGUAUUGUUGCAUGCAAAUGUGUGAUGAUCGAUGUUUAUAUGAUAUGAUGCGUGUUAUGUAAUUUUUCGAUAUUUCACGAAGCUGUAAAAUGUUUGCUAUAAAUAACUGAAAUUCUCUUAUGGAGUUUUAGUUAUUUUCUUAAUUAUAUAAUUUGAGAAUAUGUGUCUGUAGGAGGGAAUAAAAAUAGAAAUGUAAACUUUCUUCUUGGACGCUGUUUUUAAAAGUUGAGAUAAUAAUUUCUUUUUAGAUUAUUUUAUUUUUAAAUGAUUUUAUUUUCAUCUAAGUGGCCGCAAAUGAAAAUGAACUUAUUAAAUGAAUUUCAGAAGAACUUUUAGAAUAAAAAUUAUUAGACUUGUGAUUUCACUAAGAAAAAAUCAGAAAAAGACAAUGUUUAUUAUGUUGGAAAUGGUUGAAAAAGAAAGGAAUAGAUAAAUCUAUUUUAAAUACGUCUACAUAUUGUGAGCCAUUUCUUCGAUGCAUAAAAUAACAUUUGCAGAACAAUGAAAAUUAUUUUUAUCAAAGAAUGUACUUAUUAUUAUUGUAAGAAAAACUAUUUAUCAAUGGUGAAUAAACGAUCAAAAGAAAAGUAUGGAACUGUAAGUAAGAUAGCAUAGUGUUUAAAAAUUAAAAUUAUAUAAAAUAUUUAUUCCAGAAAGGAAAUAAAAAU